AUUAAAGCUAAGGCAAAAAGACUUUUUUACAAAAUAUGGUUUAAUAACAAUAGCAAUAGCAGUAAUAAUAUUAACACAGUAAACUAUCAAAAUUUAGAAUUUUAUACAGAUGGAUCCUUAAAUAAAUUCAACACUAAAACAUCAUUUAAUGUUAGUAAUAAAAAAUCUUUCAAAGUUAAAAAGUUAAUAGAAGAAUUACCAACUAUUGAAAGCCUUAAAUUACAAA